UUCCUAUCCAUGGGAUGUGUUGAGAAUCUUGUUCAAGUCCCAAUCUCUAUAAAUACUCAGGACUCACCGUUGGGAUAGACCUGUACCUUUUUGUUGUCUUUGUUUGACGUUUCAGAGGCUUUGGGUUUGAGAAUUCAUCAUGGAAGAGGCUCAAGUUGUGGAGUCCAAGGAUGGAACUAUUUCUGUCGCAUCUGCAUUUUCUGGUCACCAUGAAGCUGUCCAAGAUAGAGACCACAAAUUUCUGUCAAAGGCAGUUGAAAAAGCUUAUCAUGGUGUUGAAUGCGGCGAUGGUGGUCCGUUUGGUGCAGUUGUUGUCCGCAAUGAUGAAGUCGUGGUGAGCUGUCAUAAUAUGGUUUUGAAGAACACUGAUCCUACUGCUCAUGCUGAAGUUACUGCUAUCCGAGAGGCAUGUAAAAAGCUCAAGAAAAUCGAGCUGUCUGAUUGUGAGAUUUAUGCAUCCUGUGAGCCUUGCCCAAUGUGCUUCGGUGCAAUUCAUCUUUCACGAAUUAAGAGGUUGGUGUAUGGAGCCAAGGCAGAGGCAGCAAUAGCUAUCGGAUUCGAUGAUUUCAUUGCUGAUGCACUAAGAGGAACUGGCACCUACCAGAAGGCUCACAUGGAGAUCAAACGUGCCGACGGGAAUGGAGCCAUCAUCGCGGAACAAGUCUUCGAGAAGACUAAGGAGAAGUUCCGAAUGUACUAAUCUACGAAUUAAGACAUACAAACUCUGUAUGAACUACUCUAUUCGCGUCUAAUCCUUUUGUUAAUAAUAAGUACAGUACAGUACAUUACAUAACAUUCCAUUGAGAAUCACAAAAAACUAAUAUUGAUAUCUUCCAGAUUGUUUCUCAA